AGCCUACUAUCUCCAUUCUAUAAGGUUGGCCUGUUUUCCUCUGCAUCAUGUUUGGAGUAAAUUGAGCUCUGGAGUAUUAUUUCAACAUCACAUCUUGAGUUUACUGUGAUGAGCAAUGUAGAGAACUUAUUCGGUUUAAUUUUAGAAAAACACCUUGUUAUGAUUAAAAGAAAUUUCUGUCAUUUUUCACCCAAUUUAUGCAAGCAUAUAAAACAAUUUUCUUGCCAUUGUUCAUCUCAUCUUAACAAAAAAGGCAGAGAACUUCUGUCUACUUACAACUUGAUGGUCAUAUUAUGAUUGCCCAUUUGAAAUUAGGAUGGAACUCUGACAAGCCAUAGAUCAAGAUCCAAGAGAGUGAAGGAUUCAAUUCAAAGUACAAGUCCACCAAAAAGAAACUUGAAGAGGGACCUGCAAAAUAGAAAGAGACCAGAGCUUCAUGAACUCCAGGCAUGGAUGGACAAGGCGAAGAGAGAUGAAACUUGAAAGGGCCCCCCUUGAUGUUUGGUGGAGUGAGAAAUGGGUCUGCGGUUGGAGGUAGAACAAUGGCGGAUCGCAUUUGGUCCCAUCUUAUCCACAACGAGCAAAUCCAAUCGGAGAGCAAGUGGACAACUGAUGUGCACUUAUCCUUCUUUUGAGGCCCCAAUCAACGCCAACCUUCACUACCACCACCACACAGAGAUCAAUAUAACGAAGAAAGGAGAGCCGCUUCAGACGUCGAGAGAUCAGUGAUGGCUUCCGUGGCUCCCUUCUCAGCUCCCUCACCUCUUUCUUCUUCCUCCCCUCGGCCACCACCGGCUGCUGCAGUCGCGCCUUCCCUGCGCCCGGCGGUUCCGGCCUUUCCUUGGUGCGGCAGAAGGCCUGCUGCUUCCAGGGUGGUGGCGGUGUCGGCAGUCGGGGAGCUGUCGUCCGACAGCAACACGUAUCUGAUCGCCGGAGCCAUCGGUGUGGCGCUUGUCGGCACUGCUUUCCCCAUACUCUUCUCUCGCAGGGACAUAUGCCCAGAGUGUGACGGAGCUGGGUUCGUCAGGCAAGCUGGGGCGGCACUGAGGGCUAAUGCAGCAAGGAAGGAUCAAUCUCAGAUAGUUUGUCCUCGUUGCAAUGGGCUGGGGAAGUUGGGACAAAUCGACAAAUAAGGGAUCCAUGC